CAUCGUGUAGAAAUGAAGAGAUUGUGAUGAUCGGGAGAUUAAGGAAACAUUUGGCACUACUAAUCCAAGAUGUCAACCGAACGGGACCAACUGGUGUGCAACGCGCGCGAUUGUUUCAAAAAGAUUGAAGGCAGCGCGUGGAUUACCAGCUGCUCGCACGUGUUCUGCGCUCAGCACGGCAAGGAUGCCAAGCUACGGCAAACGGCAGCCGCACCCUGUUGCCCAGCCUGCGGUACCCGUUUCCGAGACGAGCUGUCCAUAGUGGAGCGUAAGCUCAACAGUUCCCUACAGGCUCGGGCGCUACUAUUGUGUGGCUACAAUCCGGAGGUGGUGAUGGAGAUUGCCAACAAUGCCAUCACGUUCUGGAAUUUCCAGAAGCAGCAAGUUUGCGCCAAUCUGGAGCGGAAGGUGGAAUACUAUCGGGAAAUGGUUUGCACAAUGAAACGCGACGGAGCUCAGCAGAAAACCGAAACGGAGGUGAAAAUUCGUCGGCUGGAGCAACAAUUGGAUCAGGCUAAGGUUAAGCUCAGGGAAUUGGACGAUGAAAGACAGGCUUCGAAAAAUCGUUUUGGGGAGCCGUCCAGAUGCGUGAAAAAACGUAAGCCGGACGAUUUCCUUCUGUGAUCCGCACUUCGCACUUUCGUGCUGCCGUACCUCCAAUGGAGUAAUAAAAAUAUGCGAUUCCCUUAUUUUGCCUAUCACGCAAUCUUCGAUUUAUUGCAUUCUCAAUAAGGGGCGUUCUUUUAGAUUCGAUCCGCGCGUGGCAAUAUAAAUUCACCAAGUUCCAAAGCAAUAAACCAUCCAACUAAGGGCUAUGUGGUAGGGCACGUUUCUUGGCAUUUUCAUGUCACCGACGGAGGGAGCAAC